AUGUCUGCUCCCCAGAGAACAAUUCAACUCAGCACAAAAUCAAUGACUGCUCUCAACAAGGGGAAUUUAGAAAGAGAUCAACUGACAGCUGCUGCCACUGGAAACGUGAACUGGUUACAGCUCAGCAUAAAAAAUACUAACAAUCAAAUCAAAACAGACAGGCAUGGGUUCACAGCCAUACAUUUAGCAGCUCUCCAUGGUCAGCUUCAGUGCUUACGAUUGCUAGCUGAAGAUUACACAGUGAGUGUUAACUUGCCCAGCUAUUAUGGUUGGAGACCCCUCCAUCUGGUGUUAAGUCCAAAGAGCGGAUCUCGAGCCCUGGACUGUGUGCAGUAUCUUCUGCAACAAGGAGGUGAUGUCAAUGUAUAUAAUAAAAACAAUGUGACUCCCCUGCACCAGGCAGCCAGCGAAGGGCUCUACGACUGUCUUGUGGCAUUGGUGCAGGCUGGGGCAGAUGUCCAUGCAAAGGAUUCACAAGGAUAUGAACCUAUUGACUUGUGCAAGAUCUGGGGUCAUAGAUCAUGUGUUAGGUACCUUCGCAAUGCCAUGUGGAAGAAGAAUAAAAAUAACUUUGCACAUGAGUUAAAGAAAAUGGAAAAAAUAAAAUGUACGUUAGAGGAAGCUGAACAAAAUGAAAAUGUACAAAUUAAGAAAGAACUGGAGAGUCUUCAGCAUUUGCGAUUCUGUGAGUGGAUUGAUGAGAAAGGUUUGCCGGAAAGACUAAAAAAGGGUAUUUUUCAACCAGAAGUUUCAUCAAAGUCAAAACAAAAUAAGAACCACACUAUGAUGCCCAUAGAAAAUAAAAAAGGGACUUCAACGAAACCUAAAAGGAAACCUCCAAGAGAUGAUCUAAAGAAAACCACAAAAAUCUCUGGACAAGAAACUAAAAAAUCUCACCAGAAAAAGUCAUCUAAGACCUUAACCCAUAGUUGGAAUCCAUGUGUCAGCCUCUCUAUGCCACCCAACUCAGAAAUUUGUCGUACUUCCAUGGUAAGACUGGGCACUAAUUGUGAGGAGACAACCAUGCAUGACCUGAGCAAUUAUGUAUAUCUCUCCAAGGAUAAGAAUGGGCAUCUACAGAUAAAAACAAGAAUUGGUGAAGUCCUCACCGGUGUCCCCAACUUACCGUGCGAGGUCAUAAAGAGGUGCUUAUUCCCGAAUGCCAACUCCCAAGAGAGGAUACAAAAUCCCCAGGACUUUAAAGCCAAAUACGUAUUUGAUUUACCAAAAAAGAGGCCACCAUUAGAGCGCAAAAGGCCGGUGUCUGAUAUUGUUUUUCAUUUGCAUAGAACAAUUGACCUUAAGUAUGAUAAACCGAGACAAUGUUCACUGCCAAACAGCAGUAUAACAUGA